AUGUUUGAAGAGCCAGUCUACUUUUUGAGCUCGAAGGAAUUGAGGCCCAAGCCGAAGACGAUUUCUGAAGCUUCGAUGCUUGUCUUCAGAGCGUUUGCAUAUGUUCUCGCAGCGAUUCUACGCACAAAUAUUCUAUCAUUUGCAUUCGCCCAUGUUUUAUCAAGUGCCCUGUGCGCAUUCAUCCACUACUAUCUAUGGAUUGGGGAUCCUGAUCUUCCAAGAGAACUGAAAUCCCCAAAAGAUCUUCUCCCCUCAAAAUGUGUCAGAAGCAACAGCUAUUUCGACAAGAAGCAAAUGUCUCGCAUGGGGUCAUUCUACAUCCAAGGCGUUUUCAAGAACAUUUUAACUCAAGCUGAAAGAUAUGUGGUCACGUUUUUCGAUGUCAUGAGCCUCUCGCAACAAGGACUGUGGGAUACGGUCACUUCGAUCGGUGCUCUCUUUCCGAGAUUCGUUUUCAAACCGCUCGAAGAAGGAUUCCACCUUCAUUUCUGCAAGAAUAAAACCGAGGCCGACAAAGACUUGCCCGUGAUCUUGAAGCUGUCGAUAAUUAUUGGAUUAUUCGCUGUUGCUAUCGGAAUACCACAAGCUUGGUCAAUUUUAUUCGUUUAUGGAGGGGAGCAAGUCUCGGGUGAAUACGAUCCCAGCGGAUCCUUUUUCCUGAGAUUUCUUGCGCUGCAAGACUUCAACAACCCUGCUUUCAUCCUCCAGCUCUGUCUUGUCAAUACAAUGGCCUGUGCAAUGAAUGGCAUUCUUGAAGCAUACAUGUUCGCGGUUAUGACUACGGAAGAACUCAAUCAACAUAACUCGACGCUUCUGAUAUUUUCUGUUCUUUUCAUUUUGGGAACCGUCACGCUUGGAAAAAUGUACCUGGCUUCGGGGCUCUUGUAUGCGCAAAUUUUAAACAUGCUUCUUAGAAUUCUUCAUUGCUGCCGAUUCGCCGCAAUCCGAAACAAUUCCUCCUCCUGGCUUUCCAUUCUCUACAAAAAUAUGGUGACAAAACCGCUCUUGAAGUUCAUCUCCGAGAAUAAACUACUGUCGUCCUCCGAGAUAAUCUCCCUCCACUCGUUUCUCGGCCCAGAAUCCGGCUCCAACCCCGACUCCGGAAUCCCAAAUCCAGACAACGACCAAGAAUUCAUCGACGCGGUCAAACUGCUGAAGGCAGAAAAAGCCGAAAGGAUCCUACAAGAAGCUGAAAAUCGUCUCAAUCGAACCCUAGAAAUUCUCGAAGACGACCAAAUGCGCGAAGAAAUGCGAAACAUUUCUUUCCAAGAAAUGAUCAUUAAUCGCCAGCUCAUUGAAAAACCAGCUCCUUCAAGCGCUGAGCCGAAAAGAAUGCACUCGGCAAAGGUGAUCAGAAGAGUUGCUUCAGAUGCAACUGGCCUUCCUUCCCGCGCUAGAAAUCGCUCUUUCAGACGAUAA